UAACAAAAAAAUCCUAAAAAUUGUCAAAUGUCUGCUGAUUCCAAUCUCAAAUCAAAAACCCGUUAGUUUCGCACAUGCGCAUUCUAUUAAGGAUUUAUAGAAACAUAACCUCAAUCCUAAAUAAAUCAACCAAGAGACACAAAUUAAAUGGGAUUCCUUUAAAGUUGAAUAUUCCAUUACUAAUAUUGUUGCUUAAUAAAAAAAAUAAAAUAAUAACAAUACUUUCUAAUUGAAAAUUAAAUUUACCUGAAUUACAAAGUUUUUGUGUUUGAGCAUAAACUUUAUUUAUUUAAAGAAAUGGAAAAACAUCAGCGUAAAGUUGUGAAACAUGUUGGCUACCACGAGUGGAAAAUAGAAAAUUUUUCACCACUUAUUGAUGUCUCAGAGUUUAUCGUCGGCAAACCAACAUUCCUGGAGUCCUUGAGCUUCACCGUAGAAAACACAGUUCCGAACUCGUGGUAUCUAAGGAUGGGAUUCGAUGGAAAUAAAUCAGGUAAUAAGGAUUGGAUAUCAAUAAGCUUGGCAACUACCGAAAAAACUGAGCCGGUGCGAGCUAUGUGUUCGCUUUUUAUUCUGAAUAACAAGCAUGAAAAAAAGUUUAUUCAGUGCUUCAACAAUAUUGACAAAAGUUCGAACAUUGCUUGGUACUCAAAGAAGUUUCUGGAGGUUAAAACACUGCUGGACAACAGAGAUGAGUUUUUGCCAAAUAACCAGGUAACUAUCGGUACUGAGGUUGUCAUUUACGACUUCUACGUAGCUCCAGUUGGAAUCAAAGAGUCAUCGAAAACUCCCAAGCAUUCUAUUUAUGACGAUUUAAAGCAGCUUCUUGUUAGCGGUGUUGCCAGCGACGUGACUUUACUUCUGGGCAACAAAGAGUUCAAAGUCCACAAAGCCAUUUUGAUGGCACGUUGUCCAGAGUUUUUAAAAACGUUCAGUGACACUGAAGAUAACGCGAUGAACGGAAAGAAAAUAAUGCCGAAAAUGAAUCUUAAGACAUUUGAAAUGGUGUUGGAAUUUAUUUACACCGACAAAAUCUGCGAAUUAGAAGACAACGUUGUGCUUUUGCUGGAAGCUGCUGAUAAAUUCAAGCUUCAGCCACUCAAGGAUAUGUGCGAAGAGUUUCUGUCAAAAUCUAUUGACAUUGACAAUGCUAUCCGGAUCAUGGAUUUGGCUUAUCGCAGUAAUGCUUCGCAGUUAUUGGAACUCGUUACUGAAUUUAUUGUUGCUAAUAUUACAAAAGUAAUGAAGACUCCAACGUAUGCAGAAAUUAUUAACGUCAAUCCGAGCAUUUCUUCUAUUCUCGUUGAAAGACUCGCAACCUUACUUCAAGUUCCUUGUUUAACGUAAGCUCUUGAUAGUUAUAGUUUCAACAUUAGAAAGUAAAAAUCUGAAGAAAUCUUAGACGAUUAAUCAUUGGCUUAAAUGAUAAUGCUCAAUUAUGAUAAGUAAUUUAAGAGCCAUAAAUAUACACAAGUAUAUUGUUGAUUUACUAAGAAUAAUUAUUACGAUUUAAGACGUAUUGAUGUUGUGCGGUGAAUGUUAAUUGAUAUUUAUUUGACGUUUUGUUUCGAAGUUAAUAAAAUAAUUUUUGA